AUGGAUUCCUGCAAGCAGGCAUCUAACAAGGUGUCUGAAGCGCUAUCGCUGCCCCCAAAAUGGCUGGCCCAGUAUAGCGACUUUAUCACCAAGAACGCCAGCGCCGUCUCGCAGAUUGAGUCUGCACUGCGCUCUCUGACCUACAUCAUUCCCGGUCGCUUCCGCGAGUCGGAAAUCGCAUCUGAGUCAAUCUACAGCGGAGUUCAGCUGCUGUCGCUCUACCAUGACUCCCUUCUCGCAAAAGCCGUUGCGCGCCUGCCUCCGCAGCAGCGCCCGCGCCCCACGCCGCACAGCCGCUACACCCGUUUCUGGACCGAGAAGUCGCCCACGUACAAGCGCAUCGCCUUGACCCUGCAGAUGAUCCAGUACACGGAGCUUCUGUGGGAGAUGGCUGCGAAACGAAAGGGCGAGAAGGCGCGCUGGAGGGCAAUCGUGCUGCUUGAGGCCGUCAAGGCGUUCUGCAGGCUGUUGCUGUUGCGUUUGACGAACUCGCGGCCGCUGCUUAGUCCGCCCCUCCCGCAGCGGGAAUUCGACCCCAGCUCCUUGGAAGAAAACCAGGAAGGGUCGACCUUCGAUGGCACCGAGACGCCCAAGACAGAGAGGAGCGAUGACGCGAGUUGGACCAUGCCGAGGACAGGCCUGUCGCUUCCGUCGUUGCCGGACUCGCACGAUAUCUCAUCCUAUCUCCUGUCCAAGGUUCUCACUGCCGACGAUAUCAAACCACCGAAGGCUCUCUUGCACAGAGUCACGGGAGUGGGCGAGCUUGCCGAAAUGCUGUACAUCAUUCGGCCGGUCAUCUAUGCUGUUGCAAUGCAGCACUGGUGCUCCAAGCAAGGCAACAGCUGGAGGCCGUGGCUGCUGGGGGUAAGCAUCGAGUAUGGUGCUCGGCAACUCGCGAAGAAGGACUUCCAGGAGAGGCUGGCGGGCGGGCUUCGUGGUCUUACUGGCCUGGAGCGAGAGGAGCUGCGGAAGCGAGGCUGGGGCAUGGGCUGGUGGCUCUUGAGAGGUGCUUUUUACGAGAACGUCACGAAGGCGUGGAUACAAUCGGUGACGAAGCGGCUUCGAGGAAAGCCGUUGCUCGACAUCGUCGGGGGUGUCAUUGAGGACUACGAUUAUCUCUGGGACCAGUACUACUUCUCCACUGCGACCCUAUGA